GCCUAUCCAAAUCUUAGCGCUGAUUUGGCCUUGGAGGCAGGUCAUCGCAUACUUAUUCCUUCUAUCAAUUUUUCCAUUAACCAAUCAAUAAAAACACUAUUAAAGAAAUCUAAAAUAUCCUCCUCCUCUCAUACCUUUUUCCUCUUUUCUCUCUCACAGCACAUACCUUGAAAUAUGGCCGAUCAGCUCACCGACGACCAGAUCUCUGAGUUCAAGGAAGCCUUCAGCCUCUUUGAUAAAGAUGGCGAUGGCUGCAUUACUACUAAGGAACUUGGGACUGUAAUGCGAUCACUGGGCCAAAACCCAACUGAAGCAGAGCUUCAGGACAUGAUAAAUGAGGUCGAUGCUGAUGGAAAUGGUACUAUUGAUUUCCCGGAGUUCCUUAAUCUGAUGGCCCGCAAGAUGAAGGACACUGAUUCUGAGGAGGAGCUCAAGGAAGCUUUUCGGGUUUUUGAUAAGGAUCAGAAUGGUUUCAUUUCUGCUGCUGAGCUCCGCCAUGUCAUGACAAAUCUUGGUGAGAAGCUGACAGAUGAGGAGGUUGAUGAGAUGAUCCGUGAGGCAGAUGUGGAUGGUGAUGGCCAGAUCAACUAUGAGGAGUUUGUCAAAGUCAUGAUGGCCAAGUAAGGACUUCUCAAUUAAAACUAUGCUUAAAAAGCUGAAAAAGAAAAAGAAAGUUAACAGGGCAGAUAAGUUUGAUAUGAAAAAUCCUAUUUCGCUGUAGGGUAUCUUCAUUUGGUGUUAGUAGCUUUGGUUGGGUUGUUUGUUUCUUGUUUGCAUCAUUUUGUGGAACUUUUUAUUACUUUCUACUUGUUUGCUCUGUUUCUUGUCAGUAGCUUGGUUUGUUAGUUUCUCUCUUGUAUUGUUUUUUAAUUUUAUAUCUACUUUGGUAUUAUGAACCUAGACCAAUCGGGAUGAUGUUUUUGCUUGUGAAUGACUAAUUUUAUUGGUAUUCUAAAUUUUAGUCACUUUUAGUUUUA